UCAGCGCGGAAUCGAGCAGCCGGUGGUUGUCAGUCUGCUCUAUCCGCUGGUUGCUUGCGGUUCUCGUUCUCCGUCGGAGCUUGCUAGCAACUGAUUGUAACUUUCAGUUAGUAAACCGUUUUUUUUUAUGCGAAAAGCGCUCGAGCCUCUUAAGCAGGAAACUUUUAAAGUGCAGAACGCAGUGCUGACAGGAUGGAAACGGAGUCGUUGAAUCGGAAGAACUCCUCGCGGAAGAGUUCGAUUGUGAAUGGAAACGGGAGUGGAGAUGCCUCCACGAAGUUGACCAAUGGCGAUGGGGGGGAUGGUGGCGAUGGAGGCGGCGGAGGUGAGGUGACACUGAAGGCCAAGAUGAGCCUGCUCAAUGGCUGCACGGUCAUCGUGGGCUCCAUCAUCGGAUCGGGCAUUUUCGUGUCGCCCACGGGAGUGCUAAUGUACACGGGCAGUGUUAACCUGGCUCUCAUCGUAUGGGUCAUUUCCGGACUCUUCUCGAUGGUGGGUGCCUAUUGCUAUGCGGAGUUGGGAACGAUGAUAACCAAGUCGGGAGCUGACUACGCCUACAUCAUGGAGACCUUCGGACCCUUCAUGGCCUUCAUCCGCCUGUGGAUCGAGUGCAUGAUCGUGAGACCCUGUUCGCAAGCCAUAGUGGCCCUCACUUUCAGCACCUACGUCCUGAAGCCCUUCUUCCCGGAGUGUUCUCCGCCGGAGGAUUCAGCCCGCCUCCUCGCCGUCUGCUGCAUACUCGUGCUAACCCUAAUCAACUGCUGGGAUGUUAAAUGGGCGACCGCUGUGCAGGAUAUCUUUACGUAUGCCAAACUGUUGGCCCUGUUUGUCAUCAUUGCCACUGGCAUGUACCAACUUUCACUGGGCAAUGUGCAAUACUUUACUUUCGAGAAUUCGGACACUAAAGUAACCUCCAUUGCCUUGUCCUUCUACUCUGGUCUCUUUGCCUACAAUGGAUGGAACUACUUGAACUUUAUUAUUGAGGAGCUGAAAGAUCCCGUCAAGAAUCUGCCGCGCGCCAUUGCAAUCAGUUGCACGCUGGUCACUGUGGUCUACGUCAUGGCGAAUGUGUCCUUCUACACCAUUUUGUCGCCGGAUGAGGUCCUGGGCUCCUCGGCCGUGGCAGUGACAUAUGCGGAGCGGGCCUUUGGCAUGCUGGCAUGGACCAUUCCAGUGUUCGUGGCCUUGUCUACUUUUGGAGCAGUUAAUGGCAUCCUGCUGACCUCCUCCCGAUUGUUUUAUGCCGGAGCCAACAAUGGCCAGAUGCCCGAGAUCCUCACCAUGAUCCAGAUCCAGAGAUUCACGCCCACUCCUGCGGUUUUGGCCAUGGCCUUGCUAUCCAUGUUGUACCUGACAGUAUCUGACAUUUUUGCGCUGAUCAACUAUGUGGGUUUUGCCACUUGGCUGAGCAUUGGAGUGGCUGUGCUGUGCCUGCCCUGGUUGAGAUGGGCCCAACCCAAUCUUCCCCGACCCAUCAGAGUGCCCAUGGUCUUCCCCAUUGUCUACCUGAUUGCCACCAUGUUCGUGACCGUGGUGCCCAUGUACGCCAGUCCCGUGGAGACCGGAUAUGGCAUCCUGAUGAUUCUAUCCAGCAUACCCGUCUACCUGGUCUUCAUCGCCUGGAAGAACAAGCCUAUUUGGUUCCAAAGGACCAUGGGCGGACUAACACAAGUUCUACAGAAAAUGAUGAUGGUUGUGCGUCCCAAAGCGGCGUCAAAGUAAGCCUCACACGAUUCCUACAAAAACUGCUCAUGGUACUCGGCAAGCAGACGAAACCAGCUCAGGUGUAAAAAGUGCAGAAAGUUUGGGAAUGUUUGGAAAAAAGAGCAGAGAUUAGAUUUGAAGUUAGCCAAGAGCAGAGAAAAGCAUUUAUAAGCACACAUUUGAUUGCAUUCUUGCAUUAUAUAGACAACGUAAACGCUUUUGUGUAGCCAACCAAUGAUAUACAUCAAAAACACACGAAAAUUUCUGCCAGCUUCUGGGCGAUAUAUACUAUACACAUAUAUAUUUUUAUAUACCCAGGGUAAGUUGUGUCCAGUAGGUUUACAAUAAAUACUAAAUUAAGGUUCAGCUCUGGUUGCUAACUUUAUG